AUGCCACCUAGACUAAGACCUCCAUCGCAUAAUGAAGUAGAGGAAUCCUCUGUGGGUCAUCGAGCUGGCGGUGACACACCUCCACCACCUCCGAUGCCUAACCUAGCACAGUUUUGGGCAGCCGUAAUAGCUGCAGCACAAGUAUGGGGAUUGAGAUUAGAGGGUGAAGCCCGGUACUGGUGGAAAGCCACGAAGAUGGCUAUUACGGAAGAACUAGGGCAAGGGGUUCCGAUCUCGUGGGAACGUUUCAAAAGAGAAUUCAAUGACUGUUUCUUCCUUCGCGCACAAAGGCAACAAUGUGCACGGGAAUUUCAAGAUAUGAAGCAGGGAAAUAUGACGGUUGAGCGGUAUGCAGUUGAGUUCCAGAAGUUAUCGAGGUAUGCACCCUACCUCAUCCCUGAUGAAGAAACCAAGGCUGAAAGGUUCCGAGACGGCUUGACAGCACGUAUUCGUGAGAGGAUUAUUUACCUCAAAAUCCCUAGCUAUGUUGCAAUGGUACACAAAACCACUUUGGCCGAGAAAGGGAUCCGUGAAGCAGCAGCCGAAUAUGCAAGUAAGAAACGAACCAUGUCUUCAGGAACAUUUCCAUCUCCACCUCCACCCAAGAGGCAUUCUACAGGUAGUAGUGAUUCUGGAUCUGCAGGGAGAAGGAUGCCCCUACUAGCCAUGUCAAUGCCAUUUUGCAAGAUAGUGUCCCAAUGCAGCAACAAGAAGUCUAGGGUCGCAACCUGCAUCUUGUUUGACUCGGGUGCUACCCAUUCUUUCAUUUCCUCUGCUUAUGUGAAGUUGUGCCAGUUAAGUACAGAAUUAUUAGAUGAAAGCAUAUGUGUAGCUACCCCUGUAGGUGACACAGUGACUUGUAGAAAAUGUGUAGACAAUUGUCCAAUAAUCAUUGAAGGAAGGAAGUUGCCAGCAAGACUAGCAGUUUUCAGUAUGUUAGGCUUUGACGUCAUUUUGGGAAUGGACUGGCUAUCGCGGUAUGAUGCAAGCAUUGAUUGCCACAAGAAGGAAGUAACCUUCCGACUUCCUGAUAAUGAUGAAUUCAAGUUCUGUGGGUCUCGAGCGUGUGCUACUCCGCCACUUCUCUCUGCCGUUCAAGCAAUAAAGAGUGUCAGAGAGGGUACACCAGCUUAUUUGGCUUAUGCCCAAUCCAAACCCGAAACUCAGCCUAAGUUGGAAGACAUUCCAGUGGUAUGUAACUAUCCAGAUGUUUUCUUUGAAGUCGUGGGGUUGCCUCCAGAUCGGGAAAUAGAGUUCUCUAUUGAUUUGGUGCCAGGAACUCAGCCUAUUCACAAAGCCCCCUACGGCAUGGCUCCUACAAAUUGA